AAAUUUCUCUGUAGCUGUACUUUGCCAAAUGACAGCUUUUAGUCCAAAUCCCAGAGGCAGCUGGAAGUGGGAAGAGGGACUGAUGAGCAACUGUGCAGAGUCUUGUUGUGAUUCUGGACGGCAAAUCCCAGAGAUCUUGGGUGCACACGAAGAGGAAGUGAACACACAACCCAUGCUGGCCUAUGUGCCAGAGAGCCAUGCUCUAGCACCCCCCAAGCUCCUGGCUUCAGCUACUGCAGGCAUGUGGGCUGCAUUUCCCGAAUGAAAAGUGAAUGUCUGUUCAUUUGCUUAUUGGUUCAAUCUUUGCCGCUUAGACUAACCUGCAAAGACUGAAUCAAUUCAGCCUUGGGUUUUUUGACUAUCUGUACUUAACCCAAAGAAACAUAAUGGCUGUAGGAACAUAACAAGGACUUUGCCCAGUAUUUCAGAACAAGUUAUUUCUUACUUUAAUACAAUGCAAGACUUUUAUUAUAGGCAAAAAUAUUUUUUUUUCCAUUUUCCUCCUUUGUUUUCUUCACUGCUUUGGUACCUGUCUUCAGUCAGUUUGGUCUGGUGCCUACACCUCUUCUGUAGCUCAGUGGCUGUUCUCUGAAUAGCUGACCUACCCACCCUGCUCCAGGUAAGCUUGUAUGACCAUGGCUGGCCCCACCUGUUAAAAAAGGAUGCUUCUCCUGCCCCCAGUUUCCCACCAGAUUCAAAGAGUCUGUGUCAGAAUCUGUAAUCCUAAAAAUAGACCAUGCUAAAUCUGGUUGAAUUCUUGGACACUGGGUAGUGACCCAGGUGGUCUCUUCCAGUUUUAUGCCCCUCUAUUCCUGUGACCAAUGGUUUCCUAUACCAGUGAGUUCCACAGCUUAACUGCAUCUUGUGUGAAGAUGAAAUAUUUCUUUUAUUGACGGGUUUUGUCUUUUUCACUUUCAACAACAGUGAAUUUCCACUUUUUCGUGUCUUGCAAACCUGGGAGAACAGAAGUUCCCAAUCUACCUUCCUCAGAUCAUAUGCUUAUGUCCCUCCUUAUUCAUCUCUUCUCUUAAACACCCUGGUCUUUCUAUAGUCCAUAGGAGAACUGUUCAGGAAGAGAUCAUGAAGCUUUUUUUGCCACAAGGCUGUGAAGUGCUGGUUUCUGUUUCAGAUUAGAUUUGAAGUCCUGGCUUCCCAGAGGCAUUUUGUUCUUUGUUCGCUUGCCCAAAUUCUGACUCUGCUCAGUCGGCUGUAGCUGUGUCAUCAGCACUCUUCUCCACACGUGCUACCUCCACUGUGGUUCCUAAUCCCCUUUCUGGCUGAGCUGGGAGUCCACAGGAGAACUGUCCCAGGCUUUCACCCCUUCUCUGUUCUUCCCUGAACCAAUGUCCAAUUUGGCAAACGUGGAAGACUAAACAAGCUCCCACCCCCAUACGUCAUGGCUGAAAACCCCCACUAUAGCCUGAGGUCUUUAACAAGGGAAAUUUAAAAAAGAUGGAAUAACCCACUUAGUAAAAGAACAGAAAAACAUUUUCUAGAAUAGGUCACAUAUAAACUUAACUUCUCUAUUUCGUUACUGAGCUAUGCCAGUUCAGGUACCGAUUGAAAAGUAUUCUUCGGAGAAUUCAAGCCACAAUCAUAGAUUUCAUAGACAUUUGGGCUGGAAGGGACCCUGGAGGAUCAUCGAGUCCAGCCCCCUGCCCCAGGGGCAGGAAGUCAGCAGGGAUCAUAGGAUCCCAGCAAGGUAAGCAUUUCACCUGCAUUAAUGAAUGGAACAUUCUCAACGUCUGGAUCUUUUUUCAGAGAGUUGCUAUCUAAUCCCCCAGGAAAGCUAAUCCAGCGACAGAUCUAUGCAUUGUAUUCCACAUUUUGUUGAUUUGGUUAUGACCUAAGCAGAGCAAGUUUCCAAGGAAUUCCAAAUACGUAUUAGGUUGUAUUUCAAGGGGCACUUUAAAACAAAACAAAUAUUCCAGUGAUAGAAAAACUCCCCACACAGCCAUUUGGUGAACCAAAUCUAGGCAAGCAACCUUUCAGGCUGGUUCCACCCUCACCACCUUCUCUCUUGUAUACUUCUUCUCUCCUGUCCCAUCUUCAGUUCUGUCAUUUUUCCACUUGUGGAAGAAAGGUAAGUGAAAAAGUUCCCAGGUUUGGUUCAGCGCAUGCCCAAGGCGAUCAUGUUUCUCAGAAGUGCUCUGCUGGGAAUUCUCCUUUUCUGCAUUCUCUAUACAGAAACUACUCUGGCUGGCUCCAGUUUUUUAAGCCCUGAAUACCCAAGGACACAGCAGCAGAAAGAUGCUAAGAAGCCUAACACCAAAUUACACCGCCGGGGCACAGAAGGAGUUUUGGAUACAGAUGAAAAACAGGCAAAAGGACACAGCAAUGAAAUUGAAGUUAAGUGCAAUGUCCCCUUUGAAAUUGGUGUCAAGAUAACAGAAGGACAGUACCAGGAGUAUGGACAAAAGCUCGAAAGGAUCUUAGAGGACAUGCUUACAGGGGAGCCAAAAGAAAUCCAAGUGGAAAACUGACAGGAGUUGAAGGACACCAGCAGCACAUGAUGACCGUUAUUACAACAAAACUCUGCUUUCGAGUUGUACACCUGAUAAUAUUCUUUUAAAAAACAGAUGCCUGGGGCUGAAUAGUUUACAUUUUUAAACCAUUAGGGUGAAAACAGACCUUUUUGGGAGGAAGGCAAGAGAUUAAAUAACUCGGUAAAGAAAACCAGCAGCCACCUGACUUUUAAGUUGUUUUACUUUUAUUUUUUUCUUAAUUGUAUCACAAAUGUUCUAGGAUGUGUUUGUAAGCCAUUUGGACCUUUUCUACCAAUGGAGGGAGAAGACUUGUGUAUGCUUCUACAGCCGAAAAUAAAAGUAGUAUUGAAACUGCA